AUGGCGACCUUGUUGUUCAAGAUAGUUGAUCAUUUACUUAUAUUUCGUAUUUAUGCCGGGUUAUCUUUUGUAAAAGCACAGAACCUGCAAAUCCAGGUCCAACCACCAAAUGUAAUAUUAGGGCAAAAUGAUAUUAUAAUCACCUGUUCCACCAUCAGGCAAUCACAACUUGAUACUGUGUAUACUAUACAGCUACAAAAAAACAGUACUGGCACAAUACAGGAUGUGGUUUCUGUUCGUUCAAGUAACGGUCAAGAUACUAUAACAUGGCAGGACACAAGUUUACAAAACAGAGCAACAGCAACAGGUACUGUCAGCUCACCUGCCACAGCUCAGCUAAAGUUGACGAUACCUAAGAACAGAGCGCUGUGUCCUCGAGAUUUCACUGGAUACAGGUGUAAGAUGAGUGGAUUCACAGCGGCGCUAGUUAAUCAAGAAACAAAUCAGGUGUAUGUUACCUAUACGGUAAAUCCAACAACGAUUGAAAUGCCAAAUGUGAGGAUACUUGGUGAAUUUUCUAAUACACCAUCAAGACAAUUUCCGGUUGGAACGACUGUGCAGCUGACAUGUACAGGACAGAUUGGAAGUGAACCAACUGCUACAAUUCGAUGGUGCUCGAAGAAGUCCCAAGAUCUUGGCUUCACUGGGUUACCACAGACCCCAGUCCACUCGGAGGCCUGGCCAUCUUCCAACUGUCAGUACACACGUUCCAGUACUAUCACCUAUAAUCUCACCAGUGAUGACACCUACACACAGUUCUUGUGUGAGUCUGGAUAUUCUGGUCUCUGCGAAACAGGAACAGCCAAGCAGUAUCUGAAUAUAUCUAUAGCACAGAACCUGCAAAUCCACGUCCAACCAUCAAAUAUAAUAUUAGGGCAAAAUGAUUUUGUAAUUACCUGUUCCACCAUCAGCCCAUCACAACUUGAUACAGUGUAUACUAUACAGCUACAAAAAAACAAUACUCGCUCAAUACAGGAUGUGGUUUCUGUUGGUUUAAGUAACGGUCAAGAUACUAUAACAUGGCAGGACACAAGUUUACAAAACAGAGCAACAGCAACAGGUACUGUCAGCUCACCUGCCACAGCUCAGCUAAAGUUGACGAUACCUAAGGACAGAGCGCUGUGUCCUCGAGAUUUCACUGGAUACAGGUGUAAGAUGAGUGGAUUCACAGCGGCGCUAGUUAAUCAAGAAACAAAUCAGGUGUAUGUUACCUAUACAGUAAAUCCAACAACGAUGGAAAUGCCAAAUGUGAGGAUACUUGGUGAAUUUUCUAAUACACCAUCAAGACAAUUUCCGGUUGGAACGACUGUGCAGCUGACAUGUACAGGACAGAUUGGAAGUGAACCAACUGCUACAAUUCGAUGGUGCUCGAAGAAGUCCCAAGAUCUUGGCUUCACUGGCUUACCACAGACCCCUAUCCAUUCUGAGGUCGCAUUGUCUGGCUGUCAGUACACACGUUCCAGUACCAUCACCUAUAACCUCACCAGUGAUGACACCUACACACAGUUUUUUUGA